UUCCAGAAUGAUGAGGCAAUGAGACACAUAAGAGCGAAUGCCCAGCAUCACUUCAACUGAGACAGACGGAAGGACAAGCGGCCAGAAGGAGCGAGUGAGCCAGAGGUGUAGUUGCAGAGGUAGCAGUGGUGGCCGUUGCCGCCCCAGGACUUGAUGGACCUCCCUGGUCCACUGCCUGAGAAGUCCCAGAGUCCCGUAGAAGCAAGGCAUGGCGGCCAGGGACGUGGCAGGGGGUCUGGGGUGGCCCGCUCGGCCCGCCCCAGAGGACUCCCAAAGCUCAUGGCGAUCAACGCACUCGUCUGUGGCGUGGAAAUUGUGUCGAGCGCAGCUUUCACUUACAUCCCUCCUCUGCUUCUCAAGGCUGGAUACACGGAGACCGUCAUGACAAUCAUCUUGGGAGUAGCUCCGUUUCUGGACAUGAUGACGGUGCCCCUCCUGGCCGAGUGGAGCGACCGGUGCAUGUCCGUGCUAGGGCGACGUCGACCCUUUAUCAUGUCCUUGGCCACGGUGCUGCUCUUCUCCCUCAUCCUCAUCCCCUACGGCCAGAUCAUCACCUCCAUCGUCAGCGGCGAGCACUCAGGAAGAAUCAAUAUGAUAAUCCUAGCACUGGGUGUGAUCCUGCUCGAUUAUAGCUACCAGGCUCUGUUCAACCCGUGUGAGGCCCUGUUGUCAGACCUAAUGGCCACAGCACCUGAAUGGGAGCAGACGCAGGGCUUCACAGUCUAUUCGGCUAGCAUUUCCCUGGGCUGCAUCCUGGGCUACCUCAUCGUGUCCAUUGACUGGCUGUCAGUGGGCCUUCUCAUUGGCUCACAGGAGCAGACUGCCUUCACCGUCAUCUUCAUUAUGUUCCUGCCAUGCAUGUUCCUUACACUGGUGUUUGCCAAGGAGAAGCCACUGAAGAGGGCAUUGGUGCUGUCAGUGCAUCCCAAGGAGGGGGAACUGCUGAGGAAGGACUUGGCAUCAGAGAAAGAGUUGCUGCUGGCCAAGAAACUCGACCCAGUAGUUGUAGAAGAGGGCGUGACCAUGCUGGAUCUAACUCACGACGGCACAGCCAUCGUCAAGGACCACCCCUCGGAUGGAGGCUACGAGAGCGGCUCCAGCGAGACAGACGAGACGGCACCACUCACGCUCUCCUCUUCUGAGAUGCUCAAGUGGAGGUACCAUCGCCUUGUGCACCAAAUUCAGCGGCUGCCCAAGAUCACCAUCCAGAGGCUCAUCAAUGGCUGCCUGAGAUUUCUCUGGAAGAUGAUGAAGAUUCUUGUAUUUUUACCUUAUCAGAUCAUCAAACUACCAAUGGGCACUUGGCACAAGGUGAGCAGUGCCCCCACAGUGCUUCGGAGGCUGUUCCUGGCUGAGCUUUUUGGCUGGAUGGGGUUCAUGUGCCACAACAUGUUUUUCACGGACUUUGUGGGCCAGUACAUGUAUGGUGGGCUGCCCGAUGCCCAGGAGCACACAGAACUAGCAGUAUUGUAUGAUGAGGGGGUCAGAAUGGGGUCCUGGGGCCUCUUCCUGCAUAGCCUUACAGCCUGCCUAUAUGCCUUCUUCAUCCAGCAACACAUCGUCCGCUUGUUAGGUCACCGUGCUGUGUUCAUCGGUGGACUUUUCAUCUUCGCAAUCACCAUGACGGCAACUAUUGCUGCACCCACAGUGCCCUUCCUCAAUGUUGUAACAGCCUUGUCUGGAGUCGGUUCGUUUCGCAGCUCUCUGCUGUAUAUGUGGGACGGCAACAGUUCGGAGUUUGGCGAGGAGCAAGGGCUGGGGACGGAUGUUGCAGUCCUGGAUACGGCCUAUUUCCUUGCGCAGAUCAUCCUGUCGGUGUUUAUGGGACCACUUGUGGACCUGACUGGCUCAGCUCUCCCAUAUAUGGUAGUAUCUGCGUUGACAGGGUUGGUGGCAGUGUACUGUGGGACACGUGUUGUCUUCAACGACCACCACCUGAAGCAGCUCAGGGCAGGGGGAUUCUAACUGCGCUCACCUUCGUGGCCUUAGACCUGUCUGGUCUUAGGACUGGGCGAUCCUCUUUUGUAAUUUAUGAGUUAUGUACUUCUGUGUAUCUUGCUGGUGUAUUUAUAUGGUCUUUUUAUAUUUAUUUAUAUGUAUCCUUUCUAUACUGCAUCAGGAGAUGACAGAUUGAUGGUUUGUCAUGUGUGUCAAGUCUUUCCCAAAGGUUUUAUUUUGUUUAUAUGGUAAUGUAUUUGUAUUGCCUGAACUGUGAGCACACAAGAACAGUCAGGCAGCCUCAUGUGUGUAUGAUUCACUCGAGCAGUGUUCAGUAUGAAACUCUGACAUGAUGUUUGAGGUGAUCCAUGUGUUGGGAAGUGUGAACAUUGUCAAGUUCAAUAUUUAAGGAACAAAAAAAAAAAA